CAGUGACGUCCACCACUGCAAACAUUUGCUGCCUGCCAGACCCCCUCCUCUCCGUCACGAUGACCCGCACCCUCUGCUUGAGCUUCUUCCUCCUGCUGCUGUCCCUCUCUUCUCCCGCUCGCGCUGAACCUCGGCGGAGCUCGUCCAAUCAGCGCAGGGCUCCUCGCGCAUCCGCCGCCAAGGUGCGUUUGGCAGGCAACUUUGCGCGAGAACCCCACGAAGGGCGCGUGGAGGUGCUGCACAACAACACCUGGGGGACUGUCUGCGAUGAUGAAGUGGACCUCAAGUUGGCCAACGUGGUGUGCAAAGAGCUGGGUUUCCAGAGCGGUGUGACGUGGGCACACAGCGCACAGUAUGGAGAAGGAGCCGGCCCAAUAUGGAUGGAUAAUGUACGCUGUGACGGCUCAGAGAAGUCCAUAAAGGACUGCAAACACAACGGCUGGGGCGUGAAUGACUGUAAACACACGGAAGACUUGGGGGUGGUGUGCAACACUGAGCGCAGGCCGGAUCAGACAGCCAGUAGAGGCCACACCACCUUCAGCAGGCCCAACGGCGGCCAUGCAGCUCAGUGGCAGGGAAAUGUGGUCACCCGCAGGCAUCCAGGAUAUGGCUAUUAUGGAAACGGACAUCAACAACAAGAGAUUCCCCGGUUCCAAAGACACCCCCCGGUUCCUAGUAAGGUGCGAAUCGAGGAGGUCCGUCUUCGUCCCAUUCUCAUGGCUACAAAGAGAAAGAGCCUUAUCACAGAAGGUGCGGUGGAAGUGAAGCAUGCUGGGAGAUGGAGGCAGGUUUGCGACCUGGGUUGGACUCUCAACAGCAGCCGAGUUGUGUGUGGGAUGCUUGGCUUUCCAGAGGCUACUCAGCACAACGUCAAAACAUACAAAUUGAGCAUCAUGUCAAAGAAGAAGGGAUUCUGGAUAGAGAAAGUUCACUGUCAGGGGUUUGAGAACUCCCUGUCAGAGUGCCUCGCUCAGCUGUCAAUCGCCCGGAGUCCCACUCCUUGUAAGAACGGGAGACAUGCAGUUGUCAAGUGUGUGGCAGGACCUCAGUUUGCUCGCAUUUCCUCUGGAAGACCCCAGGCCCCCUAUCCAGUUGUGCCGGUGCGUCUGAAGGCUGGCCCCAGACUGGGUGAGGGUCGUGUGGAGGUACUAAGAGAUGGAAAAUGGGGGACCAUCGUGGACCACAUGUGGGACAGACCUGCAGCCAGUGUGGUAUGCAGAGAACUCGGCUUUGGUACUGCCAAGGAUGCCCUGAAUGGAGCCUUUAUGGGUCAAGGUACCGGACCUAUCCAUUUGAACAGUGUACAGUGUAUGGGGAGUGAGCGCUCCAUCCUAGACUGCUACUUCCAGGAAGUUCAACCGUGGACAUUCAAACACACCCAGGAUGCCUCAGUACGCUGUAACAUCCCUAAGACCGGAAUGGAGAACACGGUGCGAGUUGUUGGUGGCAGAGUCCCAUCAGAAGGCCGCGUUGAGGUGUUAAUGGAUGUUGGGGGUCGUAAGCGUUGGGGCUCUGUCUGUAGUGAGAACUGGGGCAUCAAUGAAGCCAUGGUGACAUGCAGACAGCUCGGCCUGGGUUUCGCUGCCAGUGCUCAUCAGGAUACCUGGUACCGGCCCGGUCACUCGAAUGCCAGUGAUUUGAUUCUCAGUGGAACUCACUGUGUGGGCACGGAGCAUUCAAUUCAACAGUGCCGGCGCAACAACAAUCUCCACUGUCCUCGAGGAGGUGGGACGAAGGCCGCUGGGGUCAGCUGUUCAGACACGGCGCCUGACCUUGUUCUGGAUGCCCAGCUGGUCCAGGAGACAGCCUACCUGGAAGACCGACCCCUCCACCUGCUGACCUGUGCCAAUGAGGAGAACUGUCUGUCCUCGUCCGCUGCCAGGAUGAACUGGCCUUAUGGCCACCGCCGCCUGUUGCGGUUCUCCUCCCGCAUCAUGAACAUGGGUCGGUCCGAUUUCAGACCCAAAGCAACAAGAGAGAGCUGGACAUGGCACCAGUGUCACAGGCACUACCACAGUAUCGAGGUGUUCACGCAUUACGACCUGCUUACUCUGAAUGGCACGAGGAUCGCAGAGGGACACAAGGCCAGUUUCUGUCUGGAGGACACGUAUUGCCCUGAGGGAGUCCAGAAGCGCUUCUCCUGCUAUAACAUGGGGGAUCAGGGUAUCUCUGUGGGCUGUUGGGAUACAUAUCGCCAUGAUAUCGACUGUCAGUGGAUUGAUGUGACGGAUGUACGGCCAGGAGACUACAUCUUCCAGGUGGAAGUGAACCCUGCAAUGGACAUGGCUGAGUCUGACUUUAUGAACAAUGUCAUGAGAUGUCGGUGCAAAUACGAUGGCCAGAGAGUGUACAUGUAUGGAUGUCAUGCAGGCGAUGCAUACAGCGCAGAGAUUGAGGACCUGUUUGAGCACCAGAAGCAAAUCACCAACAACUUUGUGUAGCCGUCCCAGGGGCCCGGAGCAGAGGCCUUCCAGUGGGGCCCAGAGUCUACUCAGGGUGGGCAGAGGUCGAUGGCCCUAGGCCCUUGGGACUUCAGGACCCACAAUAACAGUGUACACACAACAUGGCGGCUGUUCACCUCCUUGGCAGAUGUGGAGAAAAUAUUCAUAAGCGCAUCAUAUCACAGCAGCAACCAUUGUCAACAAGUGUGGAAAAGGUGCCAAACAGGUCGACAUGUAUUUUACUCUAGUUAAGUAAGAAAAUACUGGAUAAUGAUUCAAACUAUACAGAAUUGUGUGAAUGUGGAUGACUUUAGCUAGUUAUUCAAGGUGUUUGGUGUGAAAAACUAUUUAAAAACUAUUUAGAAGGCAGUGCAGUUGUUAAAACUCAUAUCCAAUGUAGAACAAAUGUAUUGAAUGUUGUAACUCUUGUGCCUUUACAUUACUUCAAUAUUGGUGCUCUUAACAUUACUGUAUGUCCUUCAAGAACCUCACUACAUUUCAACAGUGGCCUAAAAUUCAUCUUGGGUAGUUUUCUUUUAAAGUUAAUUAGGUAUUUUAUAAUUGCUUUGACUUUAACAAAAUCAUUGUUUUAGACAAGUGUAGUAGUGCUACAACGUUUGCUUCUUAUCUAGAAGCAAAGAGGUUGUCCAAUGAUUUUUAUUGAACAAAGCACUUUAUCGUUUCAACAUCAGUAUUCUAGUGUUGCCCCCAUGCUUUGCCACCAAAACGACUUUAUUGUGUUAUACAUUUCAAAAAGUGAAAUAUUAGGUUUCUGUUUUAGUUUUCAUAUGCAAUGUAUUUAUACCGAAACUUUAUUUAUUCACGGAUUUCACACAUACACAGCAUGCCAGAUAAGACAUUUUUAGUUUAAGCAUAAUUAACAAAACAGAUUUGUUUUCCUUAUUUAAUUAACCAUGUUGUUAUAUUGUCCCAUGAUGCAGAUUAAACAAAUGUUAUAUUUUAGUUAAACAACUGUAACUGUAGAGUCUUUUCUCUCCCAUCCUUACCGCUGGGAGGGAAACCGGUCUGACGAAACCACAGUAUUGUGGCAGGCAGGCAGGCAGGCUGGCUGGGUUUUGAGAGCAUAUAAAAAACCUUUUAAUUACAUCUGUUUAGGUUUGACAUAAGGUUACG